AUUGGCAGCGGCGGCGCACCGAGGGCGCUCCCGGGGGCGUGGGCUGGAGCGGGUGUCCCGACGGCGUGCUCUGCCCCCAGGCUCAGGAUCUCCUGUCCACCGGGAGAGGCUAGUCCGAAGAGCCGAGGGACAGCGCACGGGAGUUUUUAUUUCCCUCCCCGGCCACUGCUCCGGCAGACAUUCUUCUGCAUUUCUUAAGGGAGAAAACUCGCCAGAGAAGGAGGAUAGGAGGAAAGGCAGUAGAGGAGGGGGAGAAAGUUGAUUGACUUGCAGAGAGGUGAAGCUUUGCUGUGGCUCCCGCUGCACUUUGCACUGGAGACCUUCAGUCCGCGCGAAGCUGUAGGAUGGAGCCAGAGCCCCCGCCCGAGCUCACAGCAAUGCCCCUCGGGGAGAAUGGGAGUGUGCGCCUGGUGCCCGACACAGCCCUGCUGUCUCCGGGGAGAGGCACGGCCGUGUUCAUCAUCCGCUGCGUGAUCCCUUCGCUUUACCUGCUCAUCAUCACUGUGGGCUUGCUGGGCAACAUCACCCUCAUGAAGAUCUUCAUUUCCAACAGCGCCAUGAGAAGUGUGCCCAACAUCUUCAUCUCCAGCCUCGCUGCUGGUGAUCUGCUCCUGCUAGUGACCUGUGUGCCCGUGGAUGCCUCCCGGUAUUUCUCUGAAGAGUGGCUCUUUGGAGAAGUGGGCUGCAAGCUCAUCCCUGUCAUCCAGCUGACCUCUGUUGGUGUCUCUGUCUUCACCCUCACUGCCCUCAGUGCUGACAGGUACAAAGCAAUUGUAAAUCCCAUGGACAUCCAGACCUCCAGUGCAGUGCUGUGGACUUGUCUCAAAGCCACUGCCAUCUGGGUAAUCUCCAUGCUCCUGGCAGUUCCUGAAGCAGUGUUCUCCGAACUGGCUCACAUCAAUGACACCGAUAAUGCCACCUUCACAGCAUGCAUACCAUACCCCAUGACGGAUGACAUGCACCCAAAGAUCCAUUCUGUGCUGCUUUUCCUUGUGUAUUUCCUUGUCCCUCUUGUAAUUAUCAGUAUCUACUACUAUCAUAUUGCAAAGAGUUUAAUAAAAAGUGCUCACAACAUCCCUGGGGAACACAGUGAGCAUUCCAAAAGACAGAUGGAAACUCGGAAGCGUCUGGCAAAAAUUGUUUUAGUUUUUGUUGGCUUCUUUGCUAUCUGCUGGUUUCCUAACCACGUGCUAUACAUGUACAGAUCCUUUAAUUACAAUAAGAUUGAUCCAUCGAUGGGACAUAUGGUUGUUACCUUAGUGGCCCGAGUUCUAAGCUUCUGCAACUCUUGUGUCAACCCAUUUGCACUGUAUUUCCUCAGUGAGAGUUUUAGAAGACAUUUCAACAACCAGCUCUGCUGCAGGAAGAAAGCUCAGAAAGAGAGAUCUGCCAGCUACUUGUGCAACUCUUCUGCCAUUCAAAUGACUUCCCUGAAAAGCAAUACCAGGAACACAGUGACUACCAUGACACAACUGAAUGGGCACAACUUGAAACAAGAAAUGUCGUUAUGAUCUAAUGAGUGUGAUUUUUGACUGUCAAGCAAAUCUGAACUUUUCCUUUGCAGCUUGUAAGUCACUUUUGGCUCUUGUUCUUAGACAGUCCUCAGAAGAGAGGCUCUGUUAAAUUCUGGCCAAUAUGAGGUUAUUUCACACCAUCUGACUCUUAGAAGUGAAUAGUAUGUUUAAUUGAGAAAACAAAACUGACUGACAUAAUAUUGUACAUUAAAAGAGAUGCUGAUAUAUGUUUUACAUAAAGGAAAGCAGUGUAUCUGAUAAAACAUUGCUUUAAAAAGUAUAGAUUUUCUGAUAUCAAAAUAUGUAUUUUUAACUGAAUAUUGAUCCAGGGUCAUGUAUUGCUUUAAUAGAGUUUGCAUGACUUUAGUUCUGUUAUGUGUGUGCUAGCUUUGAUGAUUAAGACUGUUGGACAUUUUGGAUUCCAUUAAACUUUUAUUUUUAAUUUAUUUUUUCUUUAAUCAGCUCACAUGUCAGCACAGGUAGUCAAAUUGACACAAUGACUGAAGCUUAUUGCCACUACUUGUACAAGGCUGUUCAUAUAAAAGUUUGAAGAAGGGUGUCAGAGCUGAAUCCCCCCUUACAGAGUGGGAUAGAAACUGACAAAUAAUCAUUCCCAAGCCAGGUGAGAGGUUAGCUUUCAUGUCUGAGCUCCAGAGAGAAGGUGCUCACAGUGUCUUUCUUAGAAGGGGCAGUAAUUUGCAGACAAAGGCACCUUGUGGAAGUAAUUUUUUUCUGGUCAGUUCGUGAGCCAAAUAUAAUUUUAAGUAUGUUUUUCUUUACAGUUGGGUGGAACUGCUGCAGCACAGAUCUGUCUCUGUCACAACACUGUAUCCUGUUCUUCUGCAGUGACCUCUCUAAGGUGAAUACUAGAGAGUACACUAGAAAUUUAGAUUGGACUUUGGAAUUAGUUGCUAGUCUUAUAAUUUCAAAAGCUGAAGUGCUAAUGCAGUGUAUCUGUUCAUUGUUCCCUUUGUCCUUAAUAAUACACUUGCACUUAUUUAGUUCUGUUUGUAACUCAGUGCAUCACCUGAAGUUCAAAAUUUCUUUUGCAAUUCCUCUUUUUUCAAGACUAGUUAUAUCCCUACCCAAAUUUCUAAAGCAAUGAGAACUUAUAUUGAUGUAAACUGUAAGUGUUCUAGCUAAUUAUCUAGGAAAAAAAUCCCCAGUUGUAACCACUCAACAGGGAAAGGAACAGAUUGAAGUUCUUAAUGUCAACCAGCAAGGUCUAGCUGGUGAAACCUAUAGGAGGAUGUAAUGCACUUAAAGUUGUGUGCUGCAUUCAAAUGAGAAAACUUGCUAAGUUCAGUUUAGACUGGCUCCAUAUGACCUACCCGAGCUGGUUGCAGUUGCCCUGUGGCUUCAGUGGCUCCUUAGAAGUCUUUAUACAAAGGAGAUGACUAACAUGAAUUCUAAAUCUAUGUGGAAUGGCUAAGAAAGUGGUUGUUUUGUCAUAGUUUAGGAAUGGAAUUCCCCAGUUUAGUGUUCCCACUGAAACACUCCAAACCAUGUGCUGCUGUCUCACUCCACACUUCCCUCUCCCCUGCAGUGGUGUGGAGAGGAGAAAUUGGAGGCACAAAAGGUACAUAUCAAGGGUUAAGAUGAUAACAAUUUAUUAGAAACAGCAAUGAAAUAAGCAACAAACAGUAGCAACAAUAAUAUUAAUAACAAAGUAUUAUUAAAAUUAAUAACAAGGAGUGAAGGAUUCAUAUGCAAUCACUUACCACAGGCAACCUGGCGCUUCCUGGACCACUUAAUUCACCAUUGGCCUGAUUGGAAGGAGCCCAUCCCUCCCCUGCCCCUUGCUUUGGCAUGAGAGGGUAUAGAGUAACCCCAAGGUCCUGGUCCUGUCCCUCCUGGCAACUGCAGAAAUGAACCCUUUUCUGGCUGGAACCAGGACACAUCCAUAACUGCCUAACACUGCCUCAUCCUUCUUUUUCUUCAUUUUGCCUCUUCUCUUUCUUCUUGCCUUACUUCUGAGAACAUGCCCACCUGUUCUCAGAAGUACUUUUAGUUUUAUAUCACUAGUUCUUCCUGGAUGCCAGACAAAGUUUUGGAUCCUGCUCUUCUGAUCAGUCUCAAGUGGUUUUCACUCACAAAUAUUUAACACCUGCAAAGCACUAAUGCUUAAAGUCUUCCUUUGUCAAUUCUUGGUGUUUAUCAUUGACUGUGAUCAAGUUUUCUGUUAUUUCUGCUGGGGUUUUUGUGGUUCCCUGCUCCUCAUUUUGUUUGACAAUCUUUCUACACUGCAUAGCCUUUCACAGUACUUCUAAAUCCAUUGUAGUUUUUAUUUCCAAAAUGAAUUUUUCUGAUGUGAACCUUACCAGAUGGUACAGGUGCCCUACUGGAAAAAUAGUAAUUAAUUUGUAGUAGAUUUGAUGUUUCUGUUUGAUUCAUGCUCUCCCCCUGCAAUGUCUUAAAUUGCUGUGUGUGGUAUGGACAGCAUGAACCAGCUUUCUGGCACAAUGGAAAGCUACAGUCUGUUCCUUUUUGUUGAGAGGGGAAGGUGUUCAGAGGUAGACUAUAACUCCUUGUCAGGAAAUCAGCACGGUUUUGCUUCAUUAUAUCCCAGACCUAAUAUGCAAAGUCUGUUUCAAGUAAGUAAACUAAAUUUUAUAUAGCUCCUUUCAAAUUCUUGUAGCAUGGCAUGGGGGAAUGAGUUAAUCUCUCUGGAGAUUUACUAGGAGUGUUGCUAACCCCCUGUGCACAUUUUGGAAGUGUCUGUUAUUGUGUUUUUGUACAUGUUGUAUAUAAGCUGUAUGUAUAAAGCUAUUUUCAGACAACUCUGCUUGCUAACAAUUAAAAUGAUAGUAGAAUGCAUUUUAUGAAGUAUUUUCUUCUAACUGUAGUCAAAGGAACAAAGAAAAUCUGCAAAUAAGAUCAUGUCAGCUUUUAAUAUACCGCAUUGAGAUCUAUGCCAAAAUAGUUGUUAAAAUGCCAUCUGAUUUUUUUUUCCUGUUAUAAAAAUAUUCUUAUUUCAGGAACAUCAGUUCUUUUCUAUCUUCCUCUCCUGAGUUUCAAGAUGGCUUCUUUCAAAAAUAUUUUUGCAAUGAUUGAGAAAACUACCAUUCUUUCUUAGUCUUUGAAAAAUGAGAGAAUAGAGGUAAUUACUGUUUCAUCGGUGUAAGACAUUUAUUUUUUGUAGACUAGAGCUAGUACAAUGUAAGUCUGAUAGCAUCUUCUCACUUCACCCUAUCAAUAUUAGAAGUAUAACAUACACUGCUGAAUCCUGAAAUGUCAGUAUGGUCAAAUUCUCAACCAACCUGAGAGAUCUCAUUUAGCAUUACACUGUGAUGUGAUAAUUAUCUUCAACAAAGGCACUUCACUUUGAAUACAGGACAGAUUUUUGCAACAUAGAUAUUUUUCUCAACUUAGUCAAGGCAGACUCACAGAAACUAUGGCCCAGGAAUUAGCAGGGCUGAUUGAAAGGUAUUGAGCCAUGCUCAGAGGAGGAAAGGGAUAAGACCAGGCUACUAGAGAUCAGUCUGGGGGUAGCAGGCUUGUGACGAGGGCAAAACCAUUACCCCAGCUGAAGUGCAUCUCCACCAAUGCACGCAGUAUGAACAGCAAGCACAAGAAGCUGGGAGCCAUUGUACAACAGGAAAGUUAUGUAUUUGCUGUCAUGGAAAUAUAGUGGGAUGACUCUCAUGACUGGAGCGCUGCAAUGGAUACCUCUAAGCCCUUUAGAAGACACAGGGAAAGCAGGAGGGGUGGUGGGAUGUGCCUGUGGGUAAAGAUCAGGAGGAAGGAAGCAGGGCGGACAGCAGGAUGGUGGGAGUCUGGAGUUUAUUCCACCCAGCCAGGAUGAACAGGUAGAGGGGUCAUUCUACAAGCAGCUGGCUGAAGUCUCAUGAUUGCUGACCCUUGUACUCAUGGGUGACUUCAACUUGCCAGAUGUCUUCUGGAAACACAACACAGCAAAGAGAAAACAAUCUAGGAAGUUCCUGGAGUGUAUGGAAGACAACUUCCUAACACAACUGGUCAAUAAACCUACCAGAGAAGGUGUCCUGCUAGACCUCUUGUUUGUGAACACAGAAGGACUGGUGGGUGAUUUUGUAGUCAGUGGUUAUCUUGGACACAGUGGCCAGGAGAUUGUAGAGUUUCAAUGGGUCAAAUAAGGAGAGGCACCAACAGGACUUCCACCUUGGAAGAGAGCUUGGAAGAGCAGACUUUGGCCUGCUUAUAACAUUGAUUUACAGAGUCCCUUUAGUGGUCAGUUCAGGAGUCAGUUCUGAAGUGUAAAGAAGUUUAGAAAGGCUGGAUGUGAUUUAGAAAGGAAUUGUUAAAUAUUUAGGACCAGACUGCCCCCAGCUAUAGAAAGACAAGUCAUCAGGGAAAAAUACCAGCCUGAAUAAACAGAGAACUUGGGCUGGAAUUUUGGGGAAAAAAAGAGAAUCUAACAUCUCUCAAAGGAGGGUCAGGUAAUUUGUGAGGACUAUAACGAUAUUGCAAGGUUAUAUAGGGAGAAGAUUAGAAAAGCCAGACUAGAAUUUGUAUUUUAUGAAAUGUGAAAGUCUGGAGUUACACUCAGAGCAAAGGGCAGAUGAUCUCAAUAUAAGCAAUAUGAUUUAAAAACACUGCCAAUUAUAAAAAUUGCAAAGUACUUUUACUUUUGAGCAUCCCAAUGUCCACAACUAAACGUUGCUGAGCUCCCAUCAGCUUUACCUGUCUGAGAGCAGUUUUAUUAACCUCUGUAACAGUGCACACAUUUCAGAAAAACACAGCAUAGCUUUGGGUGGGCUUGUGAGUCUUCAGCAGCUUUCUCAAUCUGAUUCUGUGACUGUGGAGAAUGGAACUGUCAGUAGAAGAGGAGUAUCUACCUGUAGAAGAGAAUGCCAGCAAUGGCAAAUAUUAUAGCUUUCACUGUGCAUCAGCCUCUGUUAAAUGCUUCUCCUAUGUCUACAUACGGUUUGCUUUUUUUUCCUCUGAUGGCAAAAGCUGAUGUGUUUAACAUAUUUCAUUAUUAUCUCUUUCACACAGAUACAGAUCAAAUAAAACACAUGGACUAUAGUAGAUUUCCAUACAGUGAAGGAAUGAUUGUGUUCUGACAGUGUUCUAAACCAUCUUUGUUGCCCCAGGAGUGAUAUGAACACCAUUAUAACCUCUUGAUCCAGGUAAUAGCCCUACCAGAGGGGAUGUUACUGAAUCUGCUGGUAACCAAUGCCAGUGAGAUAGCUCGGGAUAUCAAGAUUGGAGGCAGUCUGGGCCACAUAUUCUCUUUAGGAAUAUGGGUGAAAUAAGGAGUAAGGUCAGACUCCUGAACUUUAGGAAAGCAAAAUUUCAGCUUUUCAAGGCGAUAGUCAGCAGGAUACCUGGGAUACUGCCCUCAGGGACAAUGGGCUAGGUGGAACAGAGCUGGUAUAUUUUUAAGGGUGUCUUCUACAGAGUGCAAUUAGUUAGCAAUCCCCAGGAGUAAGAAAUAGGGCAAGGGAGGCAAGGGAUCAGCAUGGCUGAGUUGAGAAGUGCUUGUCAAACUACAGGGAAAGAAGCACAUACAUAGAUGGUAUAAAUAACCACAGGUAACCUUUGAAGAGUGUAGAGAUGAAGUUUGGUUGUGUAGGGAGGAGAUGAGAAAGGCCAAGGUGAAGCUGUAACUGAACUUGGCAAGGAACACAAAAAUGUCAGGAAGAUCUGCUACAGGUAUAUUAACCAGAAAAAAAAAGUCAAAGAAGGUGUACUGCCCCUGAUAAACUCGUAGCAACAAAUGAGGAGGCUGAGGUACCCAACAGCUUCUUUGCCUGAGUCUUCAAUAGCACCUCUCUUCCUACAUAUCUCAAGGUGACAGAGAGCAAGAUGAGGAUGGGGGGAGCGAAGUGAAGAUCACUGUAAGUAAAGAUCAGUUCAUGACCACCUGAGGAGCUUGAAUGUAGGUCAAUGGGAUCUAAUGAGACACAUCCCAGAGUCCUGAGGGAAUUGACUGAUGUAGUCACUUUCCUACGUUUGUUUGAAAAUAUGUUUCCUUUUCAAAGAUCUUGUUUCCUAAGAUAUUUGAAAAAUUAUGGUGGUUAUGUAAAGUCCCAGGAGUAAAAGGGAAAAAACCUGCAAGAAAGUUGGAGAGACACUAUUUACCAGAUCAUAUGGUGACAAAGGAGAAUGGGAUCAAACUGAAAGAAAACGGUGAGACACCAGAAAAGAUUUCCCAGAGAGGUUGUGGAUAUCCCAUGCCUGGCAUUGUUCAUGACCAAGUUGGAUAGAGCUUUGAGCAACUUGGUUUAGUGAAAGGUGUCCCUGUCCAUGGCAGGGUGAUUGGGAACUAGACCAUCUUUAAGGUCCCUUCCAUGGUUUUAUGAUAUUUGGUUGCUCUAGCAGUCUGGCUCAGCUGUAUAUCAGAGCACAGACAAAGAAGAAAAGGCUAAAAUCAGUGGUGUGUCUAUUUUAAGUGAGACAUUAUUGAUAUCAUUACUUCUAGGACGACAAACUCUUCCACUCCACAGGACUUCUCUUUAUGCACUGCACAGGGAAGGACAUAAACAUAGUAAGGAUCACUGUAAAUCCAGUAUUUACUUCUUUUGGAGAUCUUCGCUUUGCCACUUGAAAAUUGACCUUUUACUAUGUUUUUUUUGAAUGCUUUGUGUGCUGCUUACAGAGAAGAGCAGUUUUAUGGGUUUAGCCUUUAUUGAAAAAAAGUAUCUGCAUCACCUUGGCAGUUCAUAUCACAAGAAGUAAGGCUGCAUUUUCCAGUGUACUGACCAGUACUAGCAACAGGCUCAAAAAUACAUUUCAAUUAAACAUCAAAGCUUCAAAUCAGCUUAUACCUGGAAAGGAUUUAGCAGCAGCUGACCAGAAAAUCAGCUAAUUAAGAUGUAUUUCGGAAUAAUAUUAUUAAAACCUGAGCAGAUGCAAACUCCCAGUUUGAGUCUUUUGCCUGCAAGUGCAAUAGAGAACAGAGACUACGUGCAGAGAGGAGGAAAUGAUCCUUUUACACAGUAUGCAUGAGAAAACCAGCAUGAUGAUGAUCACACCCUGUGAGACUCCCAAAUAGGCAAGCACGUGCUAGAAAUUUAACCAAUUUCUGAACUGGUCUUCAAAGAAGACCAGUUUUAUGAUUAUUUUAUAAUGAGAGUAGCAGCCUAAAUUGGGCUAAAAAAAAUGGACCACAGAUUUUGGUAGCUUUUAAUAGUACAUAAUCAAGCACUGAAUUGAAGACAUUUAGAUAAUGGAAUGAGGUCCAGAGAAGAGCAGCAGAGCUAGUGAAGGACCUGGACCACAAAUCUUAUGAGAAGUGGCUGAAGGAGCUGGGGGUGUUUAGCCUGGAGAAAAGGACACUCAAGGAGGACCUUAUCAUUCUCCACAGGUAUCUGAAAGGAGAUUGCAGCCAGGUGAGUGUUGGUCUCUUCUCCCUGGUAACCUGUGACAGGAUGAGAAGAAAUGGCCUCAAAUUAGGUGUACCAGGGAGGCUUUACAUUGGAUAUUAGGAAAAAAUUUACAGAAGGGUUUGUAAAGGGUUUGAAACAGACUUCUCAGAGAACUGGUGGAGUCACCAGACCUGGAAGUGUUCUGAAAACACGUGGCUACAGCAGUUCAGGACAUGGUUUAGGGGUGAACAUGGUGGCGCUGCUGGGUUGACGGAUGGACUUGGUGAUCUUAGAGGUCUUUUCUAACCUUAAGAAUUCUAUGGGUGUAUGAAUGCUGCAGAUCAAUUAUUGUUUACAUGGUGGGUUGUAGAGUCUUUCCUUCUCUUUAGGAACACUCAUCAGCUUUCUGUGGCAGUGCUUGGUUUGUAGACGCAGGUCUGAUCUGAGAAGUUAUGUGGUGAUGUACAGUAUCAGCAUUCAGUGACGUUCAGCUGCCAACAAGCAGAGCUGUUGGCAAUUCCCAUAACAUAUUAGAUUUGAAAUCAGAUGUGUAACUGGAGAAAAUAGAUCCAAUAAAUAUGUUUUUAAGUUUCUUAUAUCUAAGAGAAUGACAGGAACUCAGAAGAGCUUUCCAUUAUGGAGAAGAAGGCAAGACUUUGAGGUCAUAACACAACAUUUAGUACUUGUUACCUUACUGCCAUUUAGCUAACCUGCCAAACCUUGUCAUCAUAUUGAUCAUCCAGAAAAUUGUUCUUAAAAUAUAAAUUAUUAUCCUACAGAAACCAUUUUGAAAACAAAAAAUUAUUUUUUGAGAAAAAAGCCUGAGCUUAACAAACUAACCUAAGACAACAUCAAAUUAUUUUAUGGGAAAUGCUAAUCAGGUAGGUAAAUAAUUUCCAUUUAACUGUUAACAUUUCCUGAUUGUUCACACCAUGGGAAACAUCUGGACAAUUUAAUAUGCUACAGUUUGUGCUCUAGCAGUUAAGAGAACUAUUCUAGUCAUGUAACUAAUUAAAAAUCUCAGAUAAAACCCCUUAAAGGCAUCAGAAAUUCCAUCAAAGAAAAAUGGUGGAGGUAAGAAAAUAGUCUGGAUCUCUGUAUUAUUUUGUUAUUGUUGGGGAUUUUUUAAUAAAUUUUAUUUUAAUGGAUUCACAUAUAGCUUAGAGAUAUUUGUUAAAACCUAAUUUUAAGUCUUGAAUAACUGGAAAUCAUGAGUUUAGAAACAUUAUUUUGGGCUUACAUUGGUGUGAGUACAAAAUAGGAAACCUUGUUUUGUAUUUUCUAGGAAGGUUUUUUUGUACAAAGGAAUGAAGGUGAUACUGGUCUUCCUGGAAGAUUUUCUUACUUUCCUCUUUAUCUUUUCAACAGAAACUCUCAGGCCCUGAAAUAUAACAUCAAUUUAUGCAUGUUUAUUCUUAGUAGUGUAAAGCCAUAGUAAAUAUAUAGUAAAAUAAACAUUCUUAUAUAACUU